CUAUGGGACCAGAUGCAAGAUUCAGAGAAAGAAAUUUGAAAGAAAGUAAAGAUGUACUGUCCAUUUUGUGGAACUGCCGCCAUAAAUUCUGCAGACUUUUGUUGUCAAUGUGGCAGAAACAUAAAAUUUGUCCAAGAUCAUGCAAACAAAGCCCAAGAUGAGAGGAACACUACCACUGCAACUCCCGAUGUUCAACCAAGCACCAGCACAGGUGUAGAGUGUUUCAUGAACUUUAGAGCUAUAAAAGAGAGGGAAAGAAAGACAUUUUUUACCAAGAAGCAUCAGAACAAAACACAGAAGGGAAAUAAACUGAAGAUUAAUGUUGGGCUUAUGAGGAUGCAGGGAGAUUCCCUUAAGACAGUGAGAGGGAAGUUACUUCCAGUUGAGAUUCAUCCUGAGUGGGCAUCGGAACAAGUGCUUGCUGCUGCUGUAAAGAAGCAAAAGGAUUUCAAUAUAGACCUGAGAGAUUGUGCCCAUGUCUUGUUGUAUCCUGAUGCAAGGGAGGUUAAGAACAUCCCAGGAACAGACAUUCCUUUCACAGUGCAAAAGUACAAGGAGGCAAUUGGAAAGCCUUACCAAAGAAUUACGCUUUACAUUUGCCCUGUUGAGGAAUUUGCAAAAAGCUGUUUCAGUGGACAGAGUUCAAGUGAUGAUGAUAGUGUGGUUCAUGUAAGGUUGCCAUCUCAAGAUAGUCCACUAUCUGACACUGUGGUGUGGGAUGGUCCAGAUGAAGCAAGCACUCCAAGACUGGAGAAAAUUUUGAAUGGGCCUUUUGGACACACAGAACAAGGGUCUGAUCAGGAUGGCGGAAACACCAACGUCCAGGAGCAUCCCAUGUCCUCAGAGGGCCAGAACCACUUCUAUCGGUAGGUUGUGUGAGCACAUGUCAACUUUUGCACAUGUCAACACAUUUACUGAAAUGAUUUGUAGAAAUUACACAUAACUGUAACUUACUGAAUUAUUAAUCUCAACUAAAAUGUCUUCUUGCAUUUCCAAACUGAAAAAAGUCAUUGAAAAAAAAAGUUUUGCACCUGUCCAGUUAAAACAGCAACUGGUACAUUUGUGAGUGCAUUUACUAUCUCCACCCAACUGGCACACACAUCACAGAGAACCAAGCGCACCCAUCCCUUUCACUUAGGCCCAUCUGAACUCUAUAAGGUAACUUGGCACACCUGUGCUCACAAUGAUCUCUUCAGACAAAGAGCCUCAGCUUCAAGCUUCCACAAAGACACUCUGGUAGGAAAUGGACAUUAUAUCAUUUAAUCUGCAUUCAGAGACCAAAAUUAGCCCUUGAUUCAAUGGGUUUUAUGUGUUUGGAAUGUAGUUCAUUUGUUUGUUCAUUCACUGUUAACUUAAAAGUAGCUUGUUAACAUUACCUGAAACAUAUUUAAUUAGUUCAUUGUGAUCUGUAAUUGAUUUUGUUUAAUUUGUUUGUUGGUUUUCAACCUGCUCUGUGACUCUCUGUGACUACUUAUGUGAAGUCAUGGUGGUCUUACACUGUCAAUUGAAAUAAUCUAAAGACAAAAAUAAAAGAUAACUAAAAAUUGUUGCUGAGAUGAGUGGUUCCUGCUUUUCUUUGAGGGAAGCAAGCUGUUUCAAGUUUGGGCAGAAGCUGAGGUGGUUUAAAGAGCAAAAAACUUGACAGCACCAUAACUUCUGGUUGUUCAAUAUUUUUUUUCUAUCAAACUUUGAGUAGUGUGCAAGAAUUACCCAAAUAUGCUGGUGUUAGCUGUCCUACUGCCAAGAAUGACUGACAGAAGUCUCUAUGCCUUAUCAGGGAUGAAUUUAAAUUUACCUAGUAAAGUAUUUACUCUAUUUCCUUUUCA